CCGCCUCACACACUCGCGGAGCGGGAGCGCGGCGCGGACGCGAAGCCGCCGGGGCUGCUGUGCCCAGAGCCAGCCGGAGCCGGAGCCUGAACCGCAGCGCCAGCCCGAGCCGUGCUGAGCCGCAGCCCGGGCCGGGGCCGGUGGCGGCUCAUGGUCAGCAGGGCCGGCGGCCGGCGCUGCCCCGAGGCGGCCCUCCUGAUUCUAGAUCCUGCCAGGAUGGGGCCCCCGAGGCCCAGCCCAGGCCCCGGGGGGCAACGGUUGCUGCUGCCCCCCUUGCCGCUGGCACUGCUGCUUCUGCUGGCGGCAUCCCCAGGCCAUGCCACUCGGGUGGUGUACAAGGUGCUGGAGGAGCAGCCACCCAACACCCUCAUUGGGAGCCUUGCUGCGGACUAUGGUUUUCCAGACGUGGGCCACCUGUACAAACUAGAGGUAGGCGCCCCAUACCUGCGGGUGGAUGGCAAGACGGGAGACAUCUUCACCACCGAGACGUCUAUUGACCGCGAGGGGCUCCGUGAAUGCCAGAACCAGCUCCCUGGUGAGCCUUGCAUCCUGGAGUUUGAGGUGUCUAUUACGGACCUCGUGCAGAACGGCAGUCCCCGGCUGUUAGAGGGCCAGAUAGAGGUACAGGACAUCAAUGACAACACGCCCAACUUCGCCUCACCAGUCAUCACGCUACCCAUCCCUGAGAACACCAACAUUGGCUCACUCUUCCCCAUCCCGGUGGCUUCUGACCGCGACACCGGCCCCAACGGUGUUGCAUCCUACGAGCUGCAGGCCGGGCCUGAGGCCCAGGAGCUGUUUGGGCUUCAGGUGGCAGAGGACCAGGAGGGGAAGCAGCCACAGCUCAUCGUGAUGGGCAACCUAGACCGGGAGCGCUGGGAUUCCUAUGACCUCACCAUCAAGGUGCAGGAUGGCGGCAGCCCCCCACGCGCCAGCAGUGCCCUGCUGCGCGUCACUGUGCUUGACACCAACGACAACGCCCCCAAGUUCGAGCGGCCCUCCUACGAGGCUGAACUGUCCGAGAAUAGCCCCAUAGGCCACUCGGUCAUCCAGGUGAAGGCCAAUGACUCGGACCAAGGCGCCAACGCAGAAAUCGACUACACAUUCCACCAGGCGCCUGAGGUGGUGAGGCGUCUUCUGCGACUGGACAGGAACACUGGACUUAUCACUGUGCAGGGCCCCGUGGAUCGCGAGGACCUGAGUACCCUGCGCUUCUCCGUGCUCGCCAAGGACCGAGGCACCAACCCCAAGAGUGCCCGUGCCCAAGUGGUGGUGACUGUGAAGGACAUGAAUGACAACGCCCCCACCAUUGAGAUCCGGGGCAUAGGGUUGGUGACCCAUCAAGAUGGGAUGGCUAAUAUCUCGGAGGAUGUGGCAGAGGAGACAGCUGUGGCCCUGGUGCAGGUCUCUGACCGAGAUGAGGGAGAGAACGCAGCUGUCACCUGUGUGGUGGCAAAUGACGUGCCCUUCCAGCUGCGCCAGGCCAGUGAGACGGGAAGUGACAGCAAAAAGAAGUACUUCUUACAGACCACCACUCCACUCGAUUACGAGAAGGUCAAAGACUAUACCAUAGAGAUUGUGGCUGUGGACUCUGGCAACCCCCCGCUCUCUAGCACCAACUCCCUCAAGGUGCAGGUGGUAGAUGUCAAUGACAAUGCCCCUGUGUUCACCCAGAGUGUCACUGAGGUUGCCUUCCCAGAAAACAACAAGCCAGGUGAAGUGGUCGCCGAAGUCACUGCCAGCGAUGCCGACUCAGGCUCUAACGCGGAGCUGGUUUACUCUCUGGAGCCAGAGCCAGCUGCCAAGGGCCUCUUCACCAUCUCUCCUGACACUGGAGAGAUCCGGGUGAAGACAUCCCUUGAUCGGGAACAGCGGGAUAGUUACGAGUUAAAGGUGGUGGCAGCUGACCGGGGCAGUCCCAGCCUGCAGGGCACAGCCACCGUCCUUGUCAAUGUGCUGGACUGCAACGACAAUGACCCCAAGUUUAUGCUGAGUGGCUACAACUUCUCAGUGAUGGAGAACAUGCCAGCACUGAGUCCAGUGGGCAUGGUGACCGUCAUUGAUGGGGACAAAGGGGACAACGCCCGGGUACAGCUCACGGUGGAGCAGGACAAUGGUGAUUUUGUUAUCCAAAAUGGCACAGGCACCAUCCUCUCCAGCCUGAGCUUUGAUCGGGAGCAUCAGAGCACCUACACCUUCCAGCUGAAGGCAGUGGACGGGGGUGUCCCACCUCGCUCAGCGUAUGUGGGUGUCACUAUCAACGUGCUGGAUGAGAAUGACAAUGCACCCUUCAUCACCGCCCCUUCCAACACCUCCCACCAGCUGUUGACCCCACAGACACGUCUUGGUGAGACGGUCAGCCAGGUGACAGCCGAGGACAUUGACUCCGGGGUCAAUGCGGAGUUGACCUACAGCAUCGCUGGUGGCAACCCUUACGGACUCUUCCAGAUUGGAUCCCAUUCAGGGGCCAUCACCCUUGAGAAGGAGAUUGAGCGGCGCCAUCACGGGCUGCACCGCCUGGUGGUGAAAGUCAGUGACCGUGGCAAGCCCCCGCGCUAUGGCACGGCCUUGGUCCACCUUUACGUCAAUGAGACCCUGGCCAACCGCACCCUUCUGGAGACCCUGCUGGGCCACAGCCUGGACACGCCACUGGACAUCGAUAUCGCUGGGGAUCCAGAAUAUGAGCGCUCCAAGCAACGUGGUAACAUCCUCUUUGGAGUGGUGGCCGGUGUGGUGGCCGUGGCCUUGCUCAUUGCCCUGGCAGUGCUUGUGCGCUACUGCCGGCAGCGGGAGGCCAAGAGUGGCUACCAGGCUGGCAAGAAGGAAACCAAGGAUCUAUAUGCCCCCAAGCCCAGCAGCAAAGCCUCCAAGGGAAACAAAGGCAAAGGCAAGAAGAGCAAGUCCCCGAAGCCUGUGAAGCCAGUGGAGGAUGAGGAUGAGGCUGGGCUGCAGAAAUCCCUCAAGUUCAACCUGAUGAGCGAUGCCCCUGGAGACAGCCCCCGCAUCCACCUGCCCCUCAACUACCCGCCGGGCAGCCCUGACCUGGGCCGCCACUACCGCUCGAACUCCCCACUGCCUUCCAUCCAGCUGCAGCCCCAGUCACCCUCUGCCUCCAAGAAGCACCAAGUGGUGCAGGACCUGCCACCCGCAAACACAUUUGUGGGCACUGGUGACACCACAUCCACGGGCUCUGAGCAGUACUCCGACUACAGCUACCGCACCAACCCCCCCAAAUACCCCAGCAAGCAGUUACCUCACCGACGCGUCACCUUCUCCGCCACCAGUCAGGCCCAAGAGCUGCAGGACCCGUCCCAGCACAGUUACUAUGACAGUGGCCUGGAGGAAUCUGAGACGCCAUCCAGCAAGUCAUCCUCGGGACCCCGACUCGGUCCCCUGGCUCUGCCAGAGGACCACUAUGAGCGCACCACCCCCGAUGGCAGCAUAGGAGAGAUGGAGCACCCCGAGAACGACCUGCGCCCUUUGCCUGAUGUUGCCAUGACUGGCACAUGUACCCAGGAGUGCAGCGAGUUUGGCCACUCUGACACGUGCUGGAUGCCGGGCCAGUCAUCUCCCAGCCGCCGGACCAAGAGCAGCGCCCUCAAACUCUCCACCUUCGUGCCUUACCAGGACCGAGGAGGGCAGGAGCCUGUGGGUGCCGGCAGCCCCAGCCCCCCGGAAGACCGGAACACCAAAACGGCCCCCGUGCGCCUCCUGCCCUCCUACAGUGCCUUCUCCCACAGUAGCCAUGAUUCCUGCAAGGACUCGGCCACCUUGGAGGAAAUUCCCCUGACCCAGACCUCGGACUUCCCACCUGCAGCCACACCGGCAUCUGCCCAGACAGCUAAGCGUGAGAUCUACCUGUGAGCCCCCUCUGGCCGGUGGCCAUACCCAACCCCAGUCACCGGCCAGGCCCCAGUUGGGCCCAUUCCAGGGUCCUGCUCCUGACCCCCUUCAGCGUGGACUUCCCAGCCAGGACCCCAAGUGGGGUGAGUACUGGCCUCAUGACCACGCAGGCCCUUCCCCCAAGCAGGGUCCAGGUCCUCUCUCCUCACUUCAUCCCCCAGCCCCUGGGAGCCCUUCUUCCCCUUUAUGGGGCUCCCCCCAGCUGGUGCCCAAGAGGGCUCCUCUAUAAUGACUAAGCUCCCUUCCCUCGACUUCCAGGGAGCACCCCCUUACUUUGGGCAGAUGGUGGAAUCAAGGGUGGGCAACACACUUUUAACUCAUUGUUUCCCACAUGGCCGACCAGGGUGGAGACAGGAUGUCCCCAUUCCAGCCCUGAUGCAGGGCUGAACUGGGGAGCCCCUCUCCUUGGGAACUCCCAGAGGAAACUCAGCCACCAGGGGCUCCCUGAAGGGCUUUUGUUACCAAAGGUGGGGUGGGGAUGGGGUGGGAGUGGGCCGGAGGCCUUGUCUUCCUAUACUGCUCCUGGGCUCGCCCACCUGCCUGCCACGUGCCCCUGCCUGAUCCCAUCUAGGCACCCCCCUUCCCUGCUGGUCAUGCAGUGUCUGUAUAUAAGGACCUUGGAAUGAUGUCCCCAUUUCUGCCUGAUUUGCAACUUUUCUUGUUGAUGUUGUGUUGUCUUGGGGGACCCCUCUGGGUGGGGGGAGGCUGCCCUGUGCCCCCUCCUCCCUGCCGCAGUGGCCCCCACCCCAGGCCUCUACUGUUCCAUGUUGUAAAUACCCCUGGGGCCGUAGUGGGAUGGGGGUGCAGGCCAGGGAAACAGUGGGUGGGUGGGGGUGGGGAUGGGGGUAACAUUCGCCUAUCAGCAGAGCUGGGCUUUUAUUUAAUUUUUUUUUAAAAAUACAAAUCUCUAUUUUUUUGGAACUGUUGUGCUGUGCCCUGGGGGGGGGGAAUCCCCGCUCAGGCUGGCCCCCCCCACAUCCAGAUGAGCAUCACAGAGGGGCCCUGAGGCUGUGGGGGGCAGCUGGACAGGGGUGGGAUGACUGUGCCUCUGGCCUGGUUGGGUGAGUUGGGAGCAGGAAGGUUUGCUUAAGGGGUGGCUGGUUGCUGCCUCUAAUAGGGGGAACCUGCACCCUGCCCCCUCCCUGCCCCCCAACCCCCAGCCCCUGCCAUGACUGACCCGUCAGCCUGUAAAACCACCAUUGCCUUGAUCUCAGGGG